AUUGGUAUUAGUCAAACAAGCGAAUUUAGAACUUCUAAAUAAUACGGUUUUCUGAUAUUUUUAGACGGUUGUGAGGAAAUAUGGCAAAUAAUAAAAUCGCGAAGAUUUAAUUAUAACUGCAAUGUACCUCCAAUUAAUUGCUAAUUGGUGCUAGUUAGGUUAGCGUUCGGCCGUAUGGGUUCAGGCCUUUGAAUUACAGGUUCGUUCCAAAACAAGGACAAGCUGACAACAGGACAAAGAGCGCAUCGAUUCCAGUUAAACAAUGGGUGGAGGUAAUUUGAAUUUAAAAAAAUCUUGGCAUCCGUCAACUCUUAGAAAUCAAGAGAGGGUGUGGAAAGCACAACAGCAAGAUGAAUCUGAAAAAAAGAAAGUGGAGGUGCUUCGAAAGGAACUACAGGCACAACGAGAAAAGGAGGAAUUUCAGAAUAUCGCUGACCGUGCAAGCGGCUCGACCGAGUCAAAGACCAAGUUGGAGUGGAUGUACAAGGGUGUAUCCGCCUUGGUGGAUCGUGAGGAUUACCUGCUGGGGCGAAAAGUCGACAAAACCUUCGAUGUCAUCAAGGCCGCAGAAGAAGCAUCAGAAACGACGCAACAGGAUGGCGAAAAGUGUGAAGGAUUGCCUAGCCAGUUAUUCAAAAGGGGCGAAACAAAGGCGGACUUCACACCGGUGGACAUGGCUGUUAAGGUUCGUGAGGACCCGUUGUACAUUAUCAAAAAACAAGAAUACGAGUCGAAAAAGCAACUUCUUAGCAAUCCAGUAAAAAUGAAAAUGCUCCAAGAAAUGAUCAACAAGGAAAAAUGUAAGAGACAUAAGAAGAGCAAAAAAAAGAAGAAGAAGAACAAAAAAAAUCCAAAGCGAGGUGACAGCACAAGUGACAGCAGCCCUGAGCGGGACAUCCGUAUCCCUAUCAACAAAAACAAGGAAGAAUCGAAAUCUUUUGAUGACCGACAGCGAGGCUCGCCGAAUCGAGACCGUGGCAAGAGUGCAAACCCAUACAGCAGGUUUGGGUAUAGAGAAAACAGUCGUUUAGGAAGAAGACGGCAUAGUGUCGAGAGAAAAUCCAACCGAAGUCUUCAUAGAUAUCGAGGUUCCCAAAGAAAUCGCUCCAGAAGUCCACAGCAAGACGAAAGCGUUGACCGAACAAGAAGUACGAAAGAUAUCACUCACAGACGAGAGCGUAACAGUGAAAGAACAGAACAUAGCCAACCCGAAGAACCUAAUAGAAAUGGGCUUACCGAGGCGAAGGACCGACGAAGCCCUGAGCCCUUGAUGAGGAAUAGACCAAGAGAUUACGAGAGCGUUGAAUUAUUCAGCCGGUCACCUUCUCCUAUGAGAGAAGGGUAUGGCCUAAUCAAGGUAAAAGAGACAUCAGAAGACGUUGGGUAUGCGAAGAAGGACUACCGUCUUCUGCUUGAGGACCGUAGGCAGAAAGAGGAGAGGGAACGCCUCGAGCUGAAGGAACGUUGCAGAAACCGAAACAGCCACAAGAUGACAAAAGAAGAAAAGGAAGCGAGGCUUCGAGAAAUGCAGGAGGAUGCCGUUAUACGGGAAGCGCAAAGGCAAGAAUACGUAAGGCGACAUACAAAAUGUGACGCCGUCGUUGUCGAGGGCUACCAGGAAAGCGGAUUCCGGGGAGCGGAAAUGUUUUCUAAAGCUGUCGACAAAUCAAAUGUCGAAAGACGCAUCAAAAGUAACCUAAAGGGAUUAAAACGUGCUAAUCGUAUUAUGGAUAGCAAUUUCCUGAGAAAAUAACCGUUGACUAAGUAGAAACAAUGGUUUUCGUGGUAGGAGUGGCCAUGGAAAACCAAAUGUACAAGACGUGAAACCUUUUUAUAUAUUUAUAUCGCUCAUUAUGAUCUCGAUAUGAGAUCAUCAUCGGGAAAACCACACUACCGUAUGCUGGGUGUCUCGGUAAUAAAAAGCACCUAAUGUAAAUGCUUUUGUAAAUUUGACACACUGUUAGAACAAUUGCGAUUUAUGUGCAGUAUAAAAGGUUAAGGAGAAAUAAACAGUUUUGCCCGAUUCUGAUGCAAAAAAGCGCUGA